UUCCUCAGGAUUCAUGUCAGUAUUUAUCGGCCAUUUUUGGCAACUCGUCAAGAGAUUUGUGUGCCUUAGUAAUCAGUCAGAAUAUUAUCACGUCUUCGAUAAUGUUGAACUUUCUCAAUGUUCAGAUGCCGCCCCGUAGGGAACCCGAUCACCCGGCUCCUACUCAGGCCACAGUAGUCGCACAGUUCCGCGACUAUCAUGCUGAAAAAUUCUCAGGGCAGGGAGAUCCUCGUAUCGUAGACGAAUGGAUUCAGGGCCUUGAGUUUAUUUUUGAGGUCAUGAAUUGUCCUGAUAGAUAUCGCGUAAUCUGCGCUCAGCUUCAGCUCACCGGUGAUGCUCGGCUCUGGUGGAACGCUUACUGGAGCAUGCGUCCCGGCGAGAAGGCGGGAUGUACAUGGGAGAUGCUCAAGGAGCUAAUCCGCGAGAAGUAUUACCCCAUCUAUUACCAAGCAGAGAUGGAGCGUCCGUUUUUAUCGCUCUA